AUGAUCAUUUACAAGGAUAUCAUCUCCGGUGACGAGGUUCUCUCCGACACCUACAACAUCAAGACCGUCGACGGUGUCCUCUACGAGUGCGACUGCCGCAAGUACCUCAAGAAGACCAACGAGGACUUCGAGCUCGAGGGUGCCAACCCCUCCGCCGAGGGUGGUGAUGAUGAGGGUGGUGAGGGUGGUGAGGUUAUGGUCCACGACAUUGAGGACCAGUUCCGUCUCGUCUGGCUCAAGGUCGAGGACGGUGCCAAGCCCCCCAAGGAUGCCUUCAAGGCUCACCUGAAGACCUACAUGAAGAAGGUCCUCAAGACCCUCCAGGAGAAGGGUGCCCCUGAGGAGAGCAUCAACGAGUUCAAGAAGGGUGCCCCCGCUGCUGUCAACAAGAUCCUCAAGAACUACGACAACUACGAUAUCCUGAUGGGCGAGUCCAUGGACGGUGAUGCUAUGCACGUCCUGAUUGACUUCCGUGAGGACGGUGUCACCCCCUACGCCACUCUCUGGAAGCACGGUCUUGAGGAGAUGAAGGUUUAA